AUGAGUAACCCGCAGAGCUUCUUGUCGGCUUUGAUUGCGCAGAAGGCAAGUCGUUCAUUCACUUUCCGUGUGGAUCCUGGUAAACACAUCGUCACAAACACACAAGUUCAGUCUACCGCCUUGUCGGAAGACAAGACAGAUCCCCCAGAAUGCAUAGGGAUCCUUCGGUACCUCGUCGGUUCGGUUAAGGAUAUAGCGAAGAUAAAAGGCAAGUUGACUCCCACGCAGAUUGUUUGGGUGUUGCACGACAAAGGCGAACACUGGAAGUGCGUCCGUGGUGCGCGAUUAAAAGACAGCAUCUUAGAGCUCUAUUUGAAUUCUGAGGAAGACGAGGACACAGCAAGGCAACAUGGAGAGGAAAUCGCAGAGUGCUUUGCCUUUGACUCACCAAAAAGUCGGCUCUUGGCGCCUGAAUAUCUUAUUGAGGUGCUUCGUAUGGACCCGGGGACCGUACCCUCCUUCAAGGAUCUUCCAGACCAAUUCACCUCGGAAAACCAUAAAGUUGCCACGGAUGCUUUUAUAAAAAAUGGGAGAGUUGUCAUUGGCUUCGAAUCGCGGGAGGUUGCCCGUGAACUCCAACGCAUCGCAGCGAACAGGGAUGCUCGCUUCAUUGUGGGAAAUGUGCUGAACCACACGCGACCAAAGAUUGCGGAGUUGUGA